AUGUUGGCCUUGGCUCCUGUACCCAACUUAGAUUGUGAUUUUUAUCCAGAAUACAAUAUCAAGCUGUCAAAAAGAUUUUCCUUCAAAUGGAAGCCCCUGCUGGAGCAUCAUGAAGAUUUUGCUGAAAGCAGGGAUCUCUAUCUGAAUAUGGUUGGAAGCUCUAAUGGGAUACCUCCAGGUAACUUUGAUGAAUACAACAGUUUUUCAGGCAGCCCUUCAAUUUUAUCUUCUAAUAAGCUUUCUGGAGAGUUCCCGCGAAAUUACUCUGCCCCUAUCAUAGGUCAAUGCUGGAAGGCACCCCCUCCUGGAUUUUCCUCUAAUGGGAGAGUAGACCACAGUUUUAACACGAGGCUCCAGGCCCAGCAAGUGGAAAAUGAAGCCAGAGUUCAAUUACUGGGGCAGAGAUCUCUUUCUCCUCAUCUGAACCUAAGAUAUGAUGUCGGGGAUGGCUUUUCUUCUCUUAAUGACUCCUACGGAGUUUCUUCUAGGGUAAUGGAUCAAUCACAAGUGAAUAACAUAUCCCCAUAUGCACAGUUGUCUCUCCAACAGUGGAGGAAUUCACAUAUGUCAAAUGGUCCUUGGGAUGGUUGUAAUGAAAUCCAGGGUGGGAACAAUGUUGGCAUGGCUGAGUUGCUCAGAAACGAGAGAUUGGGACUUAACAAGUUCUAUUCUGGUUAUGAAGAUUCGAAGUACAAGAUGGGUGAUCUAUACGACAGAACAUUCUGGAUGUGAUUGCUUUUGAAAUCGACUCUGCGCUUAAUUGACAAUUC